CGGGGCGGAGUCGACGGGUCAGCCUCCCCCGGCUGCGCCCGCUUCCUCUGGCAGUCCGGCCCGGCGGAAGUGCGUCAGUUGUUAUCCGCUCUGGCCGCUGCCACUACUGAGUCUGCCUCACGGUCCCGGUGCUCAGAAGCUCCGCCACCAGCCGCCUUCUUCCGCUGCCCGCCGGUCGCCAGGGGCUGUGUCCCUGGGGGCCUGGUCUAGGGCCGCUGAGAGCCGGCCGCACUCCGAUGCGCCGGACCCGGGGUCCUAGCCCGCGCGGCGUCCGGUGCUGAGAGCCCGCGCCCGGCAUGCCCGCCCCGGUCCCGAGCCCGCCCCGGCCCCGAGCCCGCACGGCGCCCUCGCAGCCCGGCGGCACGGCGUAGCAGGCGGCGCGGGGCGCCAAGGUCACCGCCGCGGCGCCGCCAUGGAGGCCAAGGUCCGGCCAAGCCGGCGCUCGCGCGCGCAGCGAGAUCGCGGCCGGCGUCGGGAAGCCGCCCGGGACGCCCGCGCGCAGAGCCCGUCGUCGGGUGAGGAGCCAGAGCCCAGUCCUGGCAAGGAGAACGCGGGACUCCACAGCGCGCCACCUCAGCGCCCUACGCCUCUGCGCGCAGCGCGCCCCCCGCGGCGCCGUCGCCGCGAGUCCAGCUCGCAGGAGGAGGAGGUUAUUGACGGCUUCGCUAUAGCCAGCUUCAGCACCCUGGAGGCCCUGGAGAAGGAUAUGGCUCUGAAACCACAUGAGCGGAAGGAGAAAUGGGAUCAACGCCUUGUGAAGAAGCCCCGAGAGUCAGAAAACUGCCCAUCCUCGGAGCUGAGUGAGAACAGGCAGCCCCUGGAGGUGGGCAGCCCAGAGCAGGAUGUGGAGCCCUCUUGUGAUGAAGAGACUAGGAAGGUCCCAUUGCAGCCCUCCAAACAGAUAAAGGUCACAAUGGCCAGAGGGGGUGAUCGGAACAGUGAUGAUGACAGUGUCCUUGAAGCUUCCAGCUCUCAGCGUAGCAGCUCGAGGGACCAGCUAAGUGAUAGCUCAGCACAGGCGGUUUCUGGGAGAGGCUACUCAGGUGUAGAAAAUCAAGGCUCAUCGGACUUUGCUCCACUUUCAGCAUGGGUUUGGGCUUUUGAUCACAGAGGCUAUGGACACCUUGGAGAGUGCGACAGUGAGAGUGGCGUGGAUGACAAGGCAUCUGUGGGCUCUGAGAAGCUCUUUGCCCCGGCACCUGACAAAGGUUCUGGGAGAGGUGAGAAGUCAGAGGCCAAGGCAGGGACAGUGCCCAAGGUGUCAGGCCUGGAGCGCAGCAGUGAGCUCAGCACCGAGUCUUUCCUGCCUGCCACAGCACCUGCGCCCUCAGGACCUCCACCAGGAGCUCUGGCCAGCCCCCUGGUGAAGAGAGAAGCGUCCAUUGUACCUCACCACGUUCCACAGCCACAGCUUACCCCGCAGCAUCGGGGCUCACUCCCAACACACGUGCCUCUGUCCUUGGGCGCCUUGGUGGGCCCUGGCCCUGGCCAGGUGGCAUCCAGUAGCCUGCACCUGCACAGCCUCAGCAGGAGCAGCAGCACGGUCAGCGGCACCCCUCUGGGCCUGGCAAAGCACGUGACACUGUCUCCACACGGCCCCAGCCCCCACCUGUCUACCUCACACCUGGCACUCAGGUCCCAGGCGCAGCACCAGCACCACGCCGCGGCAAUGUUCGCUGCCCCCUCAACAUUGCCCCCGCCCCCAGCGUUGCCCGCCAGCAGCCUGGUCAUCCCAGGACACCCCGCCGAUGCCAGUCUGUUGAUCUCAUUCAACCAGCCAAUCAUGUAUUGCCAGCCUCAUUCGGGGAUUCUGAUUGAUCACGAACUGCUCAGGCAAGAGCUGAACACGCGGUUUCUGGUGCAGAACGCGGAGCGGCCUGGCGCCUCCCUGGGCCCGGGGGCUCUGCUGCGGGCCGAGUUCCACCAGCACACGCAUCAGCACACGCACCAGCACACACACCAGCACACACACCAGCACCAACACACAUUUGCCCCCUUUGCGGGGCUGCCCCCGACGCCGCUUAUGCCGCCCACCGCACCCUCGCCGUUUGACAAGUUCUCACCCAAGCUGGACAGCCCCUACUUCCGACAUUCCAACACUUCAAACUCCAUCGAGAUAACAGGCCGACCCAGUGUGGUUCACACUUUCCUGCAGAAAGCCCCUGGGGUGUCUGAUCCGUACCGGACAGCAGUCAGGAAACCAGGGAAGUGGUGUGCGGUACACGUGCAGAUCGCCUGGCAGAUCUACCACCAGCAGCAGAAGAUGAAGAUGCAGCUGGACCCCCACAAGCUAGAGGUUGGCACAAAGCUGGACCUGUUCAGCCGGCCCCCUGCCCCAAGCAUGUUCUCUGGGUUCCACUACCCACAGGACCUGGCCCGGCCCCUCUUCUCCAGCACAGGUGCCACCCAUCCAACCACCAACCCAUUUGGACCCUCAGCUCAUCACGGCAGCUUCCUGCCCACUGGUCAUCUGACAGACCCUUUCAGCAGAUCCAGCACUUUUGGAAGCCUGGGCAGCCUGAGCAACCACGCAUUUGGAGGUCUGGGCAGCCAUGCACUGACCCCAGGGAGCAGCAUCUUUGCCCCCAAGGAGGGCACAGCUUUGCUCGGCCUGUCCAGCCCCCAUGAUGCGUGGAACCGGCUGCACCGGGUGCCACCUUCCUUUCCUACCCCGCCCCCAUGGCCCAAGCCAAUGGACACGGAGCGCCUCUCAGCCCUGACCAACCACGACCGAGAGCCUGACAAGGGCCAGGAAGAACAUGAGAGGGACCUCCUAGAGAAGACACACCUGCUGAGCCACAGCUCACCUGUAGCACCAGUGGGCCACCCCAUCAGCAGCCUCCUACCGCGGGGCUCUGGUGAGCUGAGCCGCCCUGGGGUCCUCACAGAGCGUGAGGCUGAGACUCGGGUUAAGGAGAGCCACUCGCCCAGCAAAGAGGAUGGCGCCAAACUAGCUGCGCGACCUCCAUCGCCCUACUGCAAGGCAGCCCUAGGCGACUGUCUACGCCUGGCAGGCUUACUGGGUCGGGAGUCCGGGAAGCAGACGCCUGAUCGGCCCCAAGGCGACGUGAAGGUCAAGGAGGAGCGCAGGGAAGACGAGACACCAGACAUCCCAGGCGUCAGCGUGCACUCAACAGCUACACAUCUGGGCCUGGGCACAUCAGGCUUCGUGUGGGAUCCGCCGCGCGACACCUACCGGGGCCUGGAACUGCCGCGCCGCUCCUUCCCAGCCCCGCCGCACACUGCGGGACCCUCUCCCUUCGAGCUCUCUGAGCGCGCCUACCGGGACCGCGAGCCUCAAGACUACAGCCCGGAGCGCUUGCGGGAAGUGCGCCGGGAGGAGCUAGAGCGCGCCCGAGCGCCCGACUCAGACGCCGCACUGCUGCCGGCAAUGCACUACCCACGCCUGGCUCCUGGCGCGCUGCACGGUGCGCUCCUAGCCCGCACCCCGCCGGCCACCGCUGCUCUCGGCGCGCCUCCUCCACUGGUGACUGCGGGCGGGGUCCCCACACCGCCCACGCGUCCCAGGACGACGCCUCUGGCGUUAGGGCCUGGCGAGGCUCGGGACUACUCGCCCGUGUGCAACCCGCCCGAGGUGGAGGCGCGGUAGUCCUGGCCUAGCCUAUCGAGCUAGCUCACUUAAAUUCUUGGGACCUGAACACAGUUCCCUGAGUCCGGAGCAGCGCCACCCGCUCCAUGCUGCAGCCUACAUAGUCGAGGACUUUUCGCUUUUCUGGGGGUGACUUCAUUUUCCAAGCUUGCGAAUAGGUCACUGGGAAAAAUUUAGCUUUGUAUCUUUCCUCCCUCACAAGUGACAAGCAUUUUUAAUGGUUUUGUAUUUUUCUUAAUUUUGUGCUCUAACAACAUUUUAAAGAACCAAAAAAAGAAAAAAAAAGAAUUUUUAGUUGGGAUUUACAGUUUAACUUCUGAGAUCCCAUUUGAGCCCUAGGGUUUGUCUUAUUUAUGAAAAGAAACGGUCUUUCUGUCCAACGCACUGUGAGGCUCCGAACUCAGGCCCGGCUCUGGCCUUCCCUUGGUACUUGGAACCGAUGUUACAGAUAUAUAUUAAAAUAGUAAUUAAUAAUAAUGUACAAAACUUUGA